ACAAGGGUUUAAUGUACCAACGCCCAAAGUUCCUGUCCUCCCCCCUUUCAACAGACCAAAGAUCAACGGGGCAGUAAACGGCGAACGGUUGUCCAAUGGAUCUGCUAUAUCUGUACCUGAUUUGGUGGAUGGAGAGAUAUUUAUUCCACCUCCACCUUCGAUGGCCCCCCCACCCCCUCCACCCAUAUUCAACCCUCCCCCACCAGAUUUCUUGGGUGACCUCGACUCCAUUCUGCCUCCCUCCAUGCCCCCUCCAAAACCCCCAUCAAAACCACCAUCAAAACCACCAUCAGUUGCCCCCUCUGAAGGGGACAAGAAUGUUUUCACCUCCAUGAAACUUCCACCUAUGGCCCCUCCGAAGCCCCCGUCAACUUCCUCCAGUGCUUCUAGUUCCUCUUUGUCCAGUUCUACACCACCACCAACCACUGUCCCUGAUAUCACAGAGCCCCCAAAGUUUGCCCCUCCACAGCCCCCUACAGACAUGAGGCAAGCUGCUCUGAAAGCCCUGAAGACACCGCCUACAAAGCCAAUGAGGCUGUCCUCCAUCCCCAUUAUGUGUGAACUCCCCCAGGUUCUAGCCCCAGCACCCCCUGUACAGAACCCUAGACCCUCCAGCUUCAACCCCCAGAACACAGCUAAGCUCUACAGUGUUCCUAAGACCGGCAUUCUAGAUAGGCAGGUGGAAGGUGAAAAUAGGCACAAGCAGAUCCUAAUGCUGCAUGACCCUGGGUCUACUGACUCCAUCCAUGUCCAGGUCAAUGGGACAGCCCCCUCUGUGGCACCGCCAGUUAAGCCAGCCCGGAGAAACAGCUCGGGUAUGCUGCUGGAGCAAGACCUGAAGGAGUUAAAGGAUAAUUUUCAAGCCACCCUUCAAGGCCAACCCACCCCACCUGAGACUCGGGAGGAAGUGAAAGUGGAGCCGUUGCCUUUAUUAGCACAGCAGGCUAUCAACAAACCUGCCAAAACCCCCACUAAAGCAUCACCAACGCUUCAGGUGAUCACUGCCCCUGUAACCAUAGAGGCUAGCCAGGUCAAACACGAAGUGUCUCCAAACCGGAGUCGCAAGUUCAGUCCUAUGCUGGAUCGUAAACUGCGCAACCUAAAGUUCAGUGCGGUCACUGGGACGAGGGAGGGUCCUGCCACUUCCCCCCUGGCUCUUCUCAUGGCGGCUAAAGAGCGAGAGAAGCACAGGUCCACUUUGUCACACGAAAACAGCACAAAGAGUAAUGAGCCAUCCACCAGCAUCCAGCACAGCGAAUCCAAUCCCAAUUCUUUCACCAUCGUCCCCAGGUACACCUCAUUCACUUCUGUGACCUCACAAGAUAAUCCACAGUCUGUGGUCCCAGUGCAGCCCCCAGUGGUGAUCCAGACUCCAGCAAAACCCCAGAUCAUUGAGUCAGUGGUGGAAAAGAGGCCAAUUGUAAAUCCAGUAUUUCAGGGGCUCCUGGCUGUGGAGAAACAAAGUGGAGAGCAGAGGAUUCCUUCCCCCUUUAGCCUUGUCAGGAAUGAAGAGAACAGGGAGGACCUAUGCUUGCCAUUACUCCCUCCCCCUCCCGAAUUCGAUGACCAUGAUGAUGUCGUGGAGUCUCCCCCCAGCUCGCCUCCACCUGACCCUCCCCCGAAGAAGGUCCUGGACCCCAUUCCCACCCGUGUCCUUCCAGUCCUGCCCCCCACUGCCGGCCUUAUCAUUCCUGUCAAAACUCCCUCCCCUGCGCCCCCCCCUCCUCCAAAACCCAAACCCCCAAGCCCUCCCAAACUCCUGUCUCCCGUCAUGGAGGUCAAACCCAAGCUACCUGUUCAGACCACACCCAAGCCACCUCCCACCCAGGCGCCCUCCUCCCUCUCAGCCAGCCAGGCCACGCUCCUGACCAUCCUGCAGAAGAAGAUGCUGGAAAUGGACCACAAAAUGGACAACAAAAUGCUGGCCAUGAAGACAGACUCUGAUGACUGGGGUUCUCCCUUGUCGGAGGAGACCAUGGUCCCUGUUGUUCCCAGGGUCACCCCGAAGACCCCUGUUAUCACCGCGAAGAGCAAGAAUGCCACCCUGUCAGCCAAAACACAAGGCCUGGACAUGAAGGAGCUGGAGACUAAAAUGGCCAUGAAUUCUCAGGGUUUGUCAGCUCCAUCAAAAGUACCCAUCAGCAAUGGGCCACAGUCAAAGCAGGCGUAUGGCAUGACUUUCAUGGUACGACCCGGAACCAAACAACCAAUAACUGUUGUCAGCAAAGGGGUCUCAUCAUGAGAAGCCAACUCCAAAUUAUACCACACAUACAAUUUCAUUCAAAUCAAUUAAAAUAACUUUUAUUUCCUGAGAGGGAACUAUAUGUGUGGUGACGGGUCUGUACAAGACAAAUAACAAAAUAGC